AUGUCUCAAUUAAAAGCAACACCAUCAACCCCAUCAUCAGCCCAGGAGAGACCGACUAACACUGCCUCAAAGAGCCCCAAACGCCGCAAUUCAUCCAUCCGCUCAGGCUUUAUCGACUCAGAAUGCGUUUCCCACUGGACGCCGAUCAGCGAUCGACCCAACCAAAACUAUCUCCAAACACUCGACCAGAAUCAAAGCCCUCUCUGGAUAAUCGGCUUAUCCACCGGACAAAACUUGAUCCCCCAUGGAACGCUCCAACUCCAAGUUCUUUCCGGCGCCAUAGAGCUCAUGGGCUCGGAGAUCAUCGGACCUACUCCAGAGCCUAUCAGUCUGUUUGCUCCCCCAAGUCAUCCCCUCCCGAUCAUCACCCCCAAGACGAUCCCGACACCCAUCAACCAUUCAACCACCAACAAGCACCUGCUUCCAUUCGACCCAACUCAAUUUGAAGCGGUCAUCCAGCUGCAAGAUCUUCAUUGCGGCAUUCAAGCCUUAGACGAACUGUGGUCAUCCAACGAUCACAAACGUCCCAUCUGGAAAUCCCCAACCAACCCUCUCUCAAUCCAUGGCCAGACUUGGUCCAUUGUCCUAUCCCCCACACCCGAUCUGUCUCAUCUCAGACUCCCGGCUAGCUGGACAUCCGCCCUCUCGAGCUUACCAUCGACUACUAGUCAGGUCUCGGGCCCAAGAUCGGAGAUCUUUUUUAUCGAAGGCCCCAAAAGCACCGGCAAAUCAACCUUUUCAACCCUGCUUAUCAACACCCUCUUAAACUCAUUCAAAACCGUCGCCCUCCUCGAUCUCGAUCCUGGCCAACCCCUUCUCACACCACCAACCCUGCUAUCCCUUCACAUCUUGAACUCGCCGAUCCUCGGACCCUCGUUCUGUAGACUGGCUGCACCCCACCAACCAUCUUCCCAUUCGAUCUACAUCGGGCAUACCACCCCUAAAGAUUGUCCAACUCGGUACAUCGACGCUAGCAUCGAGCUCUUUAACAUUUAUACCAACCUCCAGUCUGAUCAUCUCUCAGCCAGUCUCUCGACCAACAAACGAAGGCGGCGGUGCCAGAACGGCCAGACCAUCGGAACCUUAACUCAGUCUGAUCACUCCAAGCGAACCGACCAAAUACCCUUGGUGAUCAACACCAUGGGCUGGACCAGAGGACUUGGCCAAGAUAUCCUCAAUCAACUCCUUCAAACCAUCCAGCCUGCUCAAACCUUCAGCUUCAGUGAACGUCCCUUGCUAGCCGAUCUACAGUCAUCAUCAUCAUCAUCAUCAGAGGAAUAUGCUAUGCUCGAGCCCAUCGGUCCCACACCUCUCUCUUUGCGUCUCACUCCGGCGGAUUGUCGAGUCCUCGCAAUCGUUUCCUACAUGCACUCAACUCCACCCCCCCUUGGGAAUUUUUUUAUCAACCAGUGGGAGUUCCAACACCCCUUAUGGACUCGACGACCCUUCGAGGUUCGACCGGAUCGGAUCCAGCUACCCGACCACCCGGACUUCAACCACGACCAUCUCGGACACGUCGUGAAUGGCGGACUGAUCGGCUUGGUCGAUCGCAGCCAAGGCUCAUGGAUCGGCUUCGGCCUCGUCCGGGCCAUCGACCCCACUCGACGGACGAUCCAUCUCUUGACCCCGGCCUAUCCGACCGCCGAACAGAGCAAUCGGUCCAAAUACGAGUUCGUCAAGUACUCCGAACCUGAACUCCCUGUGAUCUGUUCCCUGAGCGAUGAUGGCCCCGUCCCGUAUCUCGAGAAAGAUUCGCUCGGGAAUCAUACUGCUGCUUCAUUGACCAUCGGCUCUGAGAAGAAGAGAGUUAGGAGGAACGUUCAGAGACGCUCUCAAAUCAUGCGCUAA